UCCCUCACCGACUCUCACUCCUCGAUAUCGGAGGCGAUACCUCGGGAGAAGCGAGUGCCGCCAGAUCGGUAACGUGAGGGUCACAUCGAGUAGGCAAACAGUCGCGCAAUUAUCUCACCGUCAGGCUCUUCAAUUUUGCCACGUACAUGAAGGAGGAAGAAAAAAGUUGUGAAAACUUAAAAUAAGUUUUUUUUUCCAAAAAAAGGAUUUGGGAGCAGCGAAGUAUUUUGAAGGUUAUUUAUUUUGCCGUCUUGUGUUUAUUAUUGAGGAAAUCACAUGGCAGCUUGCCGGCUCACAUGAUUUGGACAUGGAGACGGAGAUUAAUGAAGGUGAUGUUCCUCCCUAUUACCGAAAGGUGUAUGAAGCUAUUUGCUGUAAACAUGAGGAUCACGUACGGAGAAGUGACUUUCAUAAACUGUUGAACAGGACUGAGCUGCCACCUCUUGUACAGAGUCAGAUUGCUGAGAUUGUAGAAUCCAAGGAAGAGUCCAUCACAAAGUCAGCCCUGUACAGAGCUUUGGUGUUGAUUGCUCUAGCUCAGCAGGGAAAGCAGCCUUCUCCAAAACUACUAGAGAAUAUCACACAAGAAUAUCCAAAACCUCGGUUGGGUGAGCUAGAGUCAAUCCGGAUGCAGACUCACGGGAAUCCGAUUCUCCUGUCAAUGACUCUGCAAGAUCUGCUGCAUGUUGACACGGUGCAGGUGGAACUAAUUCCAGAAAAGAAGGGUCUCUUUCUAAAACAUGUGGAGUAUGAACUUUCCAGCCAGAGAUUCAAGUCAUCUGUUUAUCGACGAUACAAUGAUUUUGUGGUGUUUCAUGAAGUGCUCCUCCAGCGGUUCCCAUAUAGAAUGGUGCCAGCAUUGCCGCCAAAAAGAAUGCUAAGAGCUGACCGUGAGUUUAUUGAGUCUCGGCGACGUGCUCUAAAGCGUUUUAUUAACCUGGUGGCUCGUCACCCAUUCUUCUCUGAAGAUGAGCUUCUCAAUAUCUUCCUGUGCUUCAAUGGUCCAGAUAUUCAAAAUAAGAUUCGAGAAUCUUUGCGAGGAGUUGGUGAUGAGUUUAUGACAUGUGAAAUCGCAACAACAGCCAAGGAACUACUUCCUCCUGAUAUUCAGGCUCAGUUUGGUGCCAGUAGAGAGCUGAUUCGAAACAUCUAUAACAGCUUCCAUAAGCUAAGGGACCGAGCAGAGAGAAUGGCAAACAGAUCUGCCGAGAAUGCCACCGAUCUCCUGCUGUUUGGGAAGGAGCUGAGUAUCUUAGGCUCUGAUACAACGCCAGUUCCAUCAUGGGCAUCAGCAGCAAGCAACACGUGGAGUACUCUGAAGCAAGCCCUUAAAGGCUUAUCUGUGGAGUUUGCAUUACUUGCUGACAAAGCUGCACAACAGGGGAAACGAGAAGAGGAGGAAGUGGUCGAAAAACUCAACCUCUUUCUGGAUUUAUUGCAGUCCUACAAGGAUUUGUGUGAACGUCAUGAGAAAGGUGUCCUUCAUGAGCACCAACGAGCAUUGCAAAAAUACAGCUCCAUGAAACGGCAGAUGAUGAGUGUAACUGUGCAAAACAAGGAGCAGAUUUCUGUGGAGCAACUGGAGUCACGGAUCGUACAGCAAGAGAAUACAAUCUUGACCAUGGAGCUUCGGAACUAUUUCUCGAUGUAUUGCCUGCACCAGGAGACUCAACUCAUCCAUGUCUACCUACACAUCAUCUCCCAUGUGCUGACUGCUUUCAUUGAUUCGCAGAUUCAAGGGCACCGAGAGAUGAGUGAAGUGUGGAAUGAUUUGAAGCCGAAGCUGGGGGGUCUUCUGCCCAAUGGAAUGCCAUCACCGCCUCUGUCUCCAGGGAAUUUGCAGACACCAACCUCCAUUUUACCCACAGUGAAUUGAGAUAUUUCCUUUAUUUCUGAUGAAUCGUGUUUUUUUUUCUUCAUUCUCUAUAAAAGAUUCCAUAUUUGUUCCUUAAAAAAGGACAUUAUCUGCAGUAUGGUUUAAAAGUUUUCACUAAAUAACAGCUACACAAAGUUAGUAAACAGAAAGCCAUACCAUUUGCAUUGGUCCACUUACUGCUGCUUGUGCAGGGAUAUUGGGCUGUUGAAAUAAGUGUCUUCCCCCUUGAUGAUCUCUGGCAGUGUUGAUGUAUGGCCAUCAUUUGAUAUAAUUAGGAGCAUCACUGCAUUGAAUUAAUCAGUGAACUUUUAGUUUGUUUUAACAAAACAUUUAGGGCAAUCCUCUUGAAUUGCCCACAGUGCAUCGGUGGGGACAGGGAACAGCCCCCCUCCAAAAUAGAAUCCAGACUACACUGAGCUAUUUUAUUGUACCUACCUUGUAACUAUUAAUUGCCUGCAUAUAAAUAAUGAUUAUAUUGUUGGAUGUUACUCCUUUUGCUGCUGGGAACGAUUGCUUUACAUUGUUCGAUCUUCUUGAAAGGCAAUGCUGGUUAAUUGUGAAGACUCUUUCAGAUGUGCUGCUUAAUCCUGGAAGGUUGGGAGACACCUGAUGAAGCAAACAAAAGCUUGAUUCUCGGGCUGUGGUGAGGCAGAAUCAAUCCUAUUGCUUGCUUUUUAACUGUGUAUUCAAUUCCAUUCCUUUCCCUUUGAACUAAAAAAAGCUGAAGGACCUGAUUAGUGAUGCCAUUUGUUUUGGACUUAGUUGAAGCUGAUGGGAGCCAUAUUUUAAAAUGGAUUGUUUAGGAUUUGGAGAUCUUCCACCAGAUUCUAAUCUAUGCAGUGUGGAGCAUUCACUUUGACCCUAAUUCACCAUGGGUUUAAAGAUGUAUUGGAAAUUGUGUCUGAUGUGGACUUCUAAUGUCUUUGGAAUGAAUAUGCUCAAAGUUUUGAUUGUAACUUCCCGUUGCAUUAACACUCUGACUUGUCUUAAGUAUUUUAUGAAGUACAACAAAAAGACUAACCUUGUUUGUGAACAAGGCAGUGAUGUAUUUGUACAUGGUUUUACUGCAACAUUCAGCUUAAUUUCUUCACACCUUGAUAUGCAGGGAGGUUCUGAUCUGCAGAAGGUCAAAUUAGUUGACUACAGAUUAUGUAUAUACUAUUCCUUGCCGAAUUGGAUUUGUAUUUGAACUUUGUAUAUAGAUUUUCACUUCAGUGCUGUAAACUGGAAGCUCAGUUGUUUAACAGUCGUGCUUGAAAUACUUUUGGAUCAUGUUGAGUGUUUUGGACUGAGGCAGAUGUUCUGGCCUCUUAAAACAACAGGAAAUUCCAACAUACUCAGGGAUCUGAAAUCCUUUAAGGUUUUGGGAUGUUUCCUGAGGAAUUCUUCUCAAAAAGAAAUAAUUUGAAGGACUUUUGAAAUGAGCAUAGCAAGGUUUAUAUCUGAGAACAGAAAUUGCUAGAAAUUUUAGUUUAUCGACAUUUUAAAAAUGGGAACACACUAGAUAACAUUGAUAAUAGACUUUAUCCAAAGGCAGUAAAGUUCACCACCUGGGCUGUUAACCAUCCAUAAAUCAUUGUAUUGUAGCCACCUGAAAUGCAAUAAUUGGGGUGCUAUGUUAUCUACAAUGUAAUGUCAGAAUUGUUUACAAGGUGCUAAUUUGAUGGGGUCACUGAAAUGAUGAGAUUAUUUCAUAUAGAUUAUCAGUGACCUCUAAACCCCACCUCCCUCCCUUUGUACAUGCCAGAAAGAUGUCACCUUUUCCUUGCAUAUUGCAGUACAAGACAAAAAUACAUGAAACGUGGAAUAAACAUCAAAGUAAUUGGUUUCUCAAACAUUCCGAAUAUUCCUGAAACCACUCCCCUCACCCUGCCUAUUCAAUUUUCAAAGGAAUUAGAAUCAGAAGUAGUCAUAAGGCUCCUCUUUUGCAUUCUUCAGUCUGAGAGAGGUUUUAACAUGUAAAUGAUCUAGCUGUUGACCAUUAAUACAAGUUACGAGCAUGUUUCUCCAAUAACUUGAAUAAGAAUUGUACAGGCUGUGUACAAUAGGUUUUGUAGAGAGAGUUUAUUCCACAAUUCUACAGCACUUGCUGCUGAAAAUUACUUGCUCGUCAGUACUAUACUAACUUACCGGCGUCCAGCUGACCAUUUUAAUAUGGGUGAUAGCACUAGGAAAUGAAGUAUUUCUGGGAAAUUUUAUUUUGUAAAUGGGGAAACUUCUUGUAUUUUUGUUACGCCAUAUAAAAGUACUGUUGACUUGUAAAAGUCCCCUCGCUCUACACUUUGAGGAAGAGCAGCUUAAUCAGUAUAACUGUAAACAAAAAAUCAUUUUGUUGCUGUUUGUGUGCAGUUUGGCUGCUACAUUAUGCAAUAAUUGCACUUGCAAAACAAAAAGAAAAAAAUGCUUGUGUAGAGUUUCAGACAUUCUGUAGUAAAAAUCCCUCUCAAUGCAAGUCUUUUUACACAGACCAAAAUAACUCAAUGACAGUUUCUCCAUUGCUGAUGGGAAAGAGCUCUUCUGCAAACAUCCUUUUAGCAGCUUUCACUACUUUUACUGUGAUUGUGUUGCUGAUUCAAAAGCUUGGCAUAGGCGAAAGGGAUCUUGACAUGCUAAGUGUUAAGCCGCAGAAAGCUCCCCUACAAAUUGAUUAAAACUUUUACUUUUUGUACUCUUGUGCUCAGAGCAAUUUCUUGAUUAUUAAGGAGCCUGGAAUGCUGACGUGUCAAAUUCAGUUUAUGUAUUUCCACCCAACUAUAGCAGGAUGGCUUUGAGAUAGUGCACUAUGAGUGAUCCUUUUGUCACCACAUCAAUAGCUGCUCCGUAAAAGGAGUAAACAUCCUACUUUUGAGGAAACUGAUGGGAGGUGCCCGGAAUGUGAUAUUGGAGGAGUAGUCUUGAAUAUAAUCCCUGUGUUGGGGAGAGGCCUCAGUCCCCUUAUCAUAAUGUGUUGACAUGCCCAAUUGAAAUGAGAUCUGUUUGAGCCAAAAUCCAGUAAUGCAUUUGUCAUAAAUUUUUUCUUCACGUUUGGGACAGUUGGGGUCGGAUUCACAACUAUAAUUUUGUGUCAAAGCUUGAUUACUGAAGUUUGUUUGCUGUAGUGCACUACGUUAACAGUUCACUGAGUAUUUGAAGAGUCUGUGGACUACAGCAAAUUGUGACUGAAACUAACAAUACGAGGGUGAUUUCUCGAAGUUAAAUAAUGUAAAUUGUAUGCAAAAUUAAUUCAUUAUUUUCAGUUGUCUCCAUGUAUGAUUUAAUGGAGGAAUUACAUAGUCAUCACCUGACUGAGAGAAAUGACUGUAAGAACGUAUCCACAGUCCCUGUUAAUUAAAGCUGUACAGUGCUUUUAAGAUUGAGCAACAUAAGAUUGAGCCCUCUUCCUUGUGAUUUAGAUGACACCGGUUGUCUUUUCAUCUAUGGAACCUGGAUUCAAGUUCAUUCUGGUAUGCUUAUGUGACUUCUAUCCAUUCUCAGAACUGAAUUUAAAUAUAAAUUUAAGACUGGGACAGUCGACAGUACCUGCUGUUUCUCAUUACUCUGCUCAGUCAAAAAGCUCCCCCUUCAGUCCCUCAUGCUCUGUUCAGUCACACAUGCUACAGAUUGACCUAUCUUGUUUGAGAUAUUGCAGAACUGGGUGUUUGAAAUUGAAACCUCCCACUGAAACAGCUGGGUUUUUAUAUAGUUGGAACUGAUGUAACUUAUUUUGGGCAGACACCAGCGGGGAGUACCUAAUGUACCUAAGUCCAAAACACCUUCACAGUGGAUGAGUUUUCUCAUUUUGGCUGGUUAAAAGGUGAAUAUUUUAAAUAGCAGGAAAUAACAUGGAAAUGGAAAUGAAUUUAUGCUCUUUAAAGGAUUACCUCAGAUGUAACUAAUCAGAUUGGUUGAAAAUCUGUCAAUUGUGGUACCACUUUGCAAAAGAGGUAAGACCCAAAAUGUGUUUUCUGAGCAAUGUGCAACGUUAUAUGAUUUUGAAAACUAUCAUGUAAACUCGUGGGUUGGGAGCUAUGGCUGAUUUCAUCUUCUUGUUCUUGCUGUCAGUUUUUCUCGAUGCAGUUAAAACUUUUGGGGGUGUGAGGAAGGAAGGAUUGGUGGCUUAGGAAAUUGUUUUGUGGGGGAUGUUUACAGUGAAGAGUGUUGAAAUUAAUGUGGCUCUUGCUAAUGUAGAGAGCUAAGUGUUGAUCAUCUACAAUUACAUAUACUAUAUCUGCUCAAGUCAGUUGGAAGGAGAUUAACAUUUGCACUUUAUUGAAUAAUGUUCAUGUUAAAAUCCUCAGAUUAUAUUCAGAAUAUGAAGCAAAUUCAGUGAUUUACAAUAUAUAUUUACUAGGUAUAAAAACUGUCACAAUAAAUUAUAUAAACUUC